GCAGUGCAAUUCUUCUUAUCCAUCCGGAGCCGAGCCACCCAUCCUACCUGUUCCGGCGCCAAUUGAGCCGAGGAACCAACAAUGGAAGCUGCUGCCGGGCUCCUCGCCCCUCUCCCCCGAAGCACCGCCGGCGGCGGCACCACCUUCCCCGUGCUCUCCUCCAGCAACCCGUACCACCAUUAUCCCCAGCCCCACCACCACCGCAUUUUCUCCGGCCUCCUCAGCCUCAGUCUCAGGGGAUGCGGCACUCGCCUCCCAGCCCCACCCUGCCGCGCCGCCGUGAAGGAGGACGACGCCACGCCGCAGUGGCAGCUCGACUUCCUGGGGCCCGACCCUCACCCGCGGUCCGGCGACGACGAGGACGACGACCCGCUCCCCGCCGCGAGCACCGACUGGUGCGUCCGCGCGCGCCGCUCCGCGCUGCGCUCCAUCGAGGCCAGGGGCCUCACGCCGGCGCUCCAGCGCAUGGUCACCCCGCCCAAGAAGAAGAAGAAGAAGAAGCAGAAGAAGAGGGUCCUCGGCAGGAAGCCCCGCAAGCACGACGCCGACGAGGAGCCGCUGGAUGGGGACGAGUUCGACAGCGACGAGGAGGCGACCCUGGACGACCUCGACCUCCGGGUGGCGCAGCUCGGGGACGGCCUGUUCGACGAAAAGCGGCAGAGGAACAGGGAGCGCUUCAUCCAGACGCUCUCCAGCUUCGCCGCCGCGCCGUCCAACCGGACCAAGGAGGUGGCCCUCAACAGGGACAUCGUGCAGGCGCAGACCGCCGAGGAGGUGCUCGCGCUCACCGCCGACGUCGUCGCGGCCGUCGCCAAGGGCCUCAGCCCCUCCCCGCUCACCGCGCUCAACAUCGCCACCGCGCUCCACCGCAUCGCCAGGAGGAUGGAGGCCGUGUCCAUGGUGCAGACGCACCGCCUGGCCUUCGCGCGGCACAGGGACAUGUCCAUGCUCGUGGGGCUGGCCAUGAUGUCCCUCCCGGAGUGCUCGCCGCAGGGCGUGUCCAACAUCUGCUGGGCCUUGUCCAAGAUCGGGGGUGACCUGCUCUACCUGCCGGAGAUGGAUAGGAUUGCCGAGGUGGCCAUCUCCAAGGCUGAUGAUUUCAACGCGCAGAAUGUCGCCAAUGUCGCCGGAGCGUUCGCGACCAUGCGCCAGUCAGCACCAGGCCUUUUCUCGGCAUUGGCCCAGAGAGCAGCAAAACUGGUGCACACCUUCAAGGAGCAAGAGCUUGCUCAAUUUCUCUGGGGAUGUGCUUCUCUUGAUGAAUGUCCCUAUCCUCUGCUCGACGCACUUGAUGCUGCUUUCCAGGAUGCUGCAAGCUUCAAAUGUAAUAUCUAUGAUCCAUCAUCGUCAGACAUUGGGCACAUCGCUGCCAAAGAAGCUUCGAGCGAAGAAUAUGGUAACAAUUCUCAUGCGCUAAACUUUAGUCGAGAUCAGCUUGGCAAUAUUGCUUGGUCAUAUGCUGUUCUUGGGCAACUGGACCGACAAUUCUUCUCACAUAUCUGGAACACUCUGAGCCAACACGAAGAGCAGAGAGUCUCUGAUCAGUAUAGGGAAGACAUAAUGUUUGCAUCACAGGUAUAUCUUGCAAAUCAGUCUUUGAAGCUUGAAUAUCCACAUCUCAAUAUGGGCUUAAGAGAUGAUCUGGAAGAGAAAAUAACAAAAGCGGUGAAGAGCAAGCGGUUCAAUCAGAAGACGACCUCCCUGUUUCAGAAGGAUGUCGGGCGUCUUUUAUAUAGUACCGGACAUGAAUGGGUUAGAGAAUAUACGGUGGAUGGUUACACUGUCGAUGCGGUGCUAGUUGAUGAGAAGCUUGCAUUUGAGAUAGACGGGACGACACACUUCUCCAGGAAUUUAGGCACACCAUUAGGCCACACGGCAUUUAAAAGGCGUUACAUAACCGCUGCUGGAUGGAAAUUAGUUUCCUUGUCUCACCAAGAGUGGGAGGAGCUUCAAGGUGAGACUGAGCAAAUGGAGUAUCUGAGGAGAAUUUUAGGCAUUGAUGCAGAAUAAGUGCAACCGUUGGACAUUUGACGCCACGAGCUCUGCCAACACGAACAACACCGCUGGAAUUGCAAACAAUUUGUGGUGGACGUGCAGCUUGAAGGCUUAGCGUGUCAAAAAGCCGUUGUCAUGAGAUAUAGUUAUGUUUUUGUUUUGUUUAGGAAGCAUGUGAAAUAUCUGUGUGCCCUGAACUAUUCUGUAUCAUGUGCUAGUUUUGGGGAAACUGUUUAGCGCUGAAACACAUAAGAUGGAUCAGGUUGGCAUAUGUUGUACUGUCUGAGAACUCUUGAUGAUAGAAUGGCAUUGGAAGUUAUACACCAAACAAUUUAUUCA